AUGUUGUUGACUUCAGGCGACGCCGGCUCCAUCCUGAUGGGUGUGCUAGUGGCCGUCCAAGUUGCUCAAUCAAGGCCGAUUGAGUUUUCAGCCACCACGCCCGCUUUUCCCCAAAUGACACCCUUUCACCCUCUGCCACCCAGAGAUGUCCGCGGAAAUUUCGUAGUGACCGUGGUUAAUUCCCACACAGCCCCGGUGGUGACUCGGUUUGGACAGGCCGUCGGUGCCCUGGCGCCGAUUCAAAAUAAAUCCUGCAACGCUACCGUUCUCACCCGGGGAGAGACCGCGUCGUUCGCUGUGCCGACCGGAUGGUCCGGACGGCUGGCCAUGUGGGAAGACGGCUACAGUAAUAUUCUCGACAGAGCCUCGUUGUUCGAAGGGACCUUCGGGUACGACCCGGGAAACGGCGCGGUGAUGGCAAUGGAUAUCAGUUACGUAGACGGAUUUACGGUUCCGAUAACCUGCGGGUGCAACGGCACGACGGUGCUCGGGUGCAACCUGAACCUGCUCGACAACUGUCCGAAACAAUACCUACUAAACAACAAGACGUGCGCGAACCCGCUCAGGGACAGCCCGUCAUCUGGAACUGGGAACAUCUUCGGGGACUGCCAGAAUCUCGCGUACACGUACUCGUAUGACGACGCGGCUACCUUCAUGGGCAUCCCCGGUUGCCCCCGUAAUGUCCAGUGCUGCGUAGGGGUCGCCUGUAAGGCGAAUCCCAAGCAACAGGUUUGCCCCGGACCAGAUGGCCACGCCAGGAGGUGCUCCUGA